UCUCUCCCUCGUUUCUCAGACCCUUUACGCAGAGAGAGAGAGAGAGAGAGAGAGAGUUCUCGGAUGCUUUCUGAGCACGGGCUCCAUUAGCGGGCCAAAGCUCAACAUCCUUCCCCUCCCUCUCUCACACAGGAGAAGCUCUUGUGAUCUUGCUGCUUUCCUUCCUCUCUGGGGAAUGGCGACGCCAUGGGGCGGGAUCGGGGCGUGGGCGGCGGAGGUCGAGCGCGAGGAGCAGGAGGGCGAAUCGGUGGGCGGGUCGCGGCUCCCCGGAGAGUCGACGAGCUUCCCCAGCCUGAAGGAAGCGGCCGCCAAACCCAAGAAGAAGAAGCAGGUGAUGACCCUCUCGGAAUUCCACACGGGCGGGCCACCCGGGGGAAGCCGCUUUUCCGAACCGAAAGGCCUUACGCCGGAGGAGAUGCAACGGCUUCCCACCGGGCCGAGGGAGCGAUCGGAUGGGGAGGAGUAUGGCCGCUUGGGUGGCGGGUUCAAGUCUUACGGCGGUCUGAGGAUGGAUGAUGGUGUCGGUCGCGGUGGCGGACGGUGGGAUAGGAGGGACCAGGCCGACGGUUCGUGGGGUUCUGGCGGAGGAGGUCGGUCCUAUGGGGGUUUCGCUGAGGAGAGGAGGGCGGCUCCUCCUAGGGCUUCUGAACCCGACCUGCCUUCGCGUGCAGACGAGGUCGAUAACUGGUCUGCAACGAAGAAAUCGCUGGGACCGCCACCGGAUUCAUUCCGUAGCAAUGAACGCUAUGGCUCUCUUGGUGGUGGGGCGAGUUCUAGGGCUGACGAUGUCGAUAAUUGGAACACAGGCAAAAGCCUUGCGAGAUCGGGGGGCUCCUUCGGAUCAAGUUUCAGAGGUCCGCCGCCGGAAAGUGAGCGCCGGCGAAUUGUUUUGAACCCUCCGAGCAGAGAAGCUGUGGUGAAUGAACCUCCAAGAUCUCGGCCGAGCCCGUUUGGCGCUGCCCGGCCGCGUGAAGAAAUUCUCGCAGAUAAGGGUUUGGAUUGGAGGAAGUUGGAAUCGGAGAUGGACAGCCGGAGGAGCAGCAGGCCGACGAGUGAGCACUCAAGCAGGCCUUCUAGUGCUCAUUCAAGCAGGCCGGAUAGCCCAUUACCGCAGCCAGAGGUAGUGCAGAAGCCGAAGCCUAAGAUUAACCCUUUUGGAGAUGCAAAACCUCGGGAAGUCUUGCUGGAAGAACGGGGAAAAGAUUGGCGGAAGAUAGAUUUUGAACUGGAACACCGAGCAGUGGACAGACCAGAGACGAUGGAGGAAAAGAUACUAAGAAAUGAGAUAAAUCAGCUGAAGGGAAAGCUAUCAACGGAUGCCCAUGUACAGUUGAAUGGGGAAUCUGACCAAGAUUCAGGCAGACUACAAACACUUCAAGAUUUGGUAGUAAAGAAGGAAACUGAGCUGGAAUUAUUAGUACGGGAGUUGGAUGAUAAGGUUCGGUUUGGUCAGAGAGGGAAUGACAGGCCAGGUUCUGGUGCAAGUAGGACUGGUGUUGGGUACUUGGAGCGCCCAUCUUCCCAGUCUGGUGCAUCAGAGGAUUCAAGAAGUAUGGAAUUUGCUGAAAGACCUCAUUCUCGUGGCGGUGCACCAGAUGUGUGGAGUAGAACCGACAAUGGGAGAGGGUUCCGUGGUACUAAGGAGAGGGGUUUUCCUGUCAACCGGGAUGCAGAUAGGUUGAAGUCCAAGGAAAGAUGGUGAUGCAGAAACUGCUAUUUUGAACAAAUCCACAAUCUCCAGAGGUAUUUCCAUCCAGGGGUGCUACAUUCUGAUGGCAUGGUGAUGAGUGUUGAUUUGGGUUGAGGGAUGCUUGUACGUGGUUAAAGUGAACGUGAUGUUUGUCCCAACCUAUUCCUCCCUUCCCUCUCUCUCUCUCUCUCUCUCUCUCUCUCUCUCCCUUUGGUGGUGUGGUAACUCUGGAAUGAUUUUGAAAGGUUUUUGAACUUCCCUGUCUGGGUAUUAUCUGAUCCGUUUUACUGAUCUUGCGACGUGCUUUUUCACGGAAAGGAGAGUGGC